UGGGGAUGCCAGUUUCAGCAUGCUCAGACACACAGACACACAGAACACAGGGCUCAGGGCCCGUGUGUGGACCCUGCCCCCUCCCCUCCCACCAUCCAGGGCUGUCCACGCACCCCAAUUCUCUAGGCUUCAGCCCCUUUCUUAGUCUGGGAUCUGCACAGCAUUGAGGGACCCAGGAGUCAACCUCCAGACCUUCAGCAAUCCCAGGUCCAGUCAGCCCUACCAUGACAACGGAAUAUCAAGACCUUCAGCAUCUGGACAAUGAGGAGAAUGAUCAUCAGCUCAGAAGAGGGCCGCCUCCUCCCCAGCCGCUCUUUUGGCGGCUCUGUUCCGGACCCCGCCUCCUCCUGCUCUCUCUGGGCCUCAGCCUCCUGCUGCUGGUGGUUGUCUGUGUGAUCGGAUCCCAGAACUCCAAGCUGCAGGAGGAGCUGCGCGCCCUGAGAGAGACGUUCAGCAACUUUACAGUGAGCACGGAGGUUGAGGUCAAGGCCCUGAGCAGCCAGGGAGGGAAUGUGGGCAGAAAGAUGAAGUCCCUGGAGUCCCAGCUGGAGAAACAACAGCAGGAGCUGAGCGAAGAUCACUCCAGCUUGCUGCUCCACGUGAAGCAGUUUGUGUCUGACCUGCGAAGCCUGAGCUGUCAGAUGGCGGAUCUCCAGGGCAACGGCUCUGACAGGACCUGCUGCCCGGUGAACUGGCUGGAGCACGAGGACAGCUGCUACUGGUUCUCUCGCUCAGGGAAGGCCUGGCCUGAGGCUGGAAAGUACUGCCAGCUGGAGAACGCCCACCUGGUGGUGGUGGGCUCCUGGGAGGAGCAGCACCACAUGGGCCCUGUCAACACCUGGAUGGGCCUCACCGACCAAAAUGGGCCCUGGAAAUGGGUGGAUGGGACGGACUAUGAGACAGGCUUCAAGAACUGGAGACCAGAGCAACCAGACGACUGGUACGGGCACGGGCUCGGAGGAGGCGAGGACUGUGCCCACUUCACGGACGACGGCCGCUGGAACGACGACGUCUGCCAGAGGCCCUACCGCUGGGUCUGUGAGACACGGCGGGACAGGGACAGCUAGGUGCCGCCUCACCCCCUUAUUUAUUUCCUAAAUGUCUUCACCUGCCCAAGGGGCCUCCUCACCUUCUCAGGGAUUUUCAUCCAGGAUUUUAAUGGGCGGGUGGGCGGGAAGGAUAGUGUCUGAGGAAUGUAGAACGGUGUUUGGAGGGCUGGGGAGAUUCAAACCCAUGUCACCACUGCAGUUUGCAGGUUAUUAUCAUCCAUAUUUUGUAGAGUAAAAAACAGGGAAAUACACUAAACAUUCUA